UGCGCUUGCGCUCUGCGGCUUGCUUUGAUUGUCAAGAGAGGGUCGCAUCACUCGCUGCUGCUGAGACCGAAGAUGUUGGGCGGACGGCAAGUGCGGAAGGCGCUUCGGGCGUUAACAUAUGUAAGCCGAGGUUAUUCAUCACAACGUGGCUUAAAUGAAGUAGUCAUCGUCAGUGCUGUACGGACACCAAUCGGAUCUUUCCAGGGAUCCCUUUCUUCACAUCCAGCAACUAAGCUUGGUUCCACUGCAAUUAAAGGAGCCAUAGAAAAAGCUGGUAUCCCUGCACAAGAAGUCAAAGAAGUGUACAUGGGCAAUGUUAUCCAAGCUGGGCAAGGACAAGCUCCAGCAAGACAAGCAACUCUCGGUGCAGGUUUACCAGUUUCUACCCCUUGCACAACCGUCAACAAAGUAUGUGCAUCUGGAAUGAAAUCCAUUAUGAUGGCAGCACAGAGUCUGAUGUGUGGGAAUCAGGACGUGAUGGUGGCCGGAGGAAUGGAGAGCAUGUCCAAUGUGCCCUACACAAUGGUCAGAGGAGCAACACCAUAUGGAGGAGUUAGGCUUGAAGAUCUUAUUGUAAAAGAUGGCUUGACAGAUGUUUACAACAAAAUCCAUAUGGGUAACUGUGCAGAGAAUACAGCUAAGAAAUUUUCUAUAUCACGGGAAGAUCAAGAUGCUUUUGCUAUCAACUCUUAUACAAGAAGCAAAAAAGCCUGGGAUUCUGGUGUUUUUGCAAAUGAAAUUGUAUCUGUUACGAUUUCUCAGAAAGGGAAACCGGACAUAGAGGUUAAAGAAGAUGAAGAGUAUAAGCGUGUUGACUUUUCCAAAGUUCCAAAGCUGAAGGCAGUUUUUCAAAAAGAAAAUGGAACAGUAACUGCGGCCAAUGCCAGUACAUUGAAUGAUGGAGCAGCUGCUUUGGUUCUGAUGACUUCAGAAGCAGCCAAGAGACUGAAUGUUAAGCCAUUGGCUAGAAUAGUAGCUUUUGCAGAUGCUGCUGUUGAUCCCAUUGAUUUCCCAAUUGCACCAGCACAUGCUAUUCCCAAGAUACUUAGUCAAACAGGACUCAAAAAGGAAGAUAUUAGUAUGUGGGAAAUCAAUGAAGCAUUCAGCGUUGUCGUCCUAGCCAACAUGAAAAUGCUGGAUGUUGAUCCACAGAAGGUGAAUAUUAAUGGAGGAGCAGUGUCCUUGGGACAUCCAAUUGGGAUGUCUGGAGCAAGAAUUGUUGUUCACAUGGCUCAUGCAUUGAAACAAGGAGAGCAUGGCCUUGCUGGAAUUUGCAAUGGUGGAGGAGGAGCAUCUGCAAUUCUGAUCCAAAAGCUGUAGCCAAAAGCAUCAAGCCUUAAGACUCAAACUAUCCAGUGGCUGUUAGUUAUCUGUGGAAUUGCUGCACAAAUCCCUAGACUCGGUCUAUCAUUUAAAAGAAACAAAAUGUUUUUUAAUGUAGCAUGCUUCCUUACAAGUGUUUUUUUACCAUAAGGACUAUAAACCAUGUUCGGAAAUUUAACAAUCAGAGACAAUAAAGACUGUAUACAUCA